CGCUGUCUCGUCUCAUUGGCUAUUUGGCUCUCCUCCGCCGCCUCCUCCCGCGGAGGGGUAACCAUAGAGACGGCCUUCUCGCGGGUUAGCGUCGUUAAGGGAGGUCGUUCCAAGGGCCAGGCGGGUGCUAACCCGGAAGCGGAUCCUGUCGGGCCGUAGAUCUGAGGGGGGAAAGAGAGGACGAGCAGGCAGUCCAGGCGUAAUGGCCGCCGCGCUGUGACUUGGAUUGUAUUCCUCCAUGGAGCUCUCAGCCUCGGAUGAAGGCCGCUGAACGGCUCUCCUUCCCUCAGAGACUCACCGCCAGCCGGGCUGCGGCCUCCUCAGAGCGUGAGACAGGCCCCGGAUGCAAGGCCCACCGGGAAGGGAAGGCCUGGGGAUUUGGAAGCCUGGUUUGCCACAGAAUAGGGCCCCAUGUGAGACCUGGAAACAUUUCCAAAAAAAAUCUGUGUAUUAAUUGGAUUUUAAGGAGAAGCCUUGGCUUGUUUGGUUUGGCUAAACGAGUGCGUCUCUUAGAUCAAUUUGAGUUCUAGUUCUUGAAGGCCAUGCAGGCCUCUCAGGUCAGAGUUAGGUGACAGCAGAGGGAUUGGCUGCUCUCCGGUGCUUGCAGAUUGGAGGACAAAGGGCUGGGCUGGCUGGUGUUAUCUGUGUAUUAGUUGGAUUUUUAGGAGAAGCCUUGGCUUGUUUGGUUUGGUCAAACGAGUACCUCUUAGAUCUAUUUGGGUUCAAGUCCUCGAGGGUCAUGCAGGCCUUUCAGGUCAGAGUUAGGUGACACUUAGAAGGGUUUCUAGAGGGAUUGCUUGCUCUUCGGUGCUUGCAGUUUAGAGCAUAAAAGGCUUGAGUGGCAGGUGUUAUCUGUGUAUUAAUUGGAUUUUAAAGGGAAGCCUUGACUUGUUUGGUUUGGCGAAACGAGUGCCUCUUUUAGAUCUAUUUGGGUUCUAGUUCUCGAGGGCUAUGCAGGCUUCUCAGGUCAGAGUUAGGUGACACUUAGAAGGGCCUGCAAAGGUAUUGGCUAAUCUUCGGUGCUUGCAGAUUGGAGCACAAAGGGCUAGGUGGCAGGUGUUUCAGCAUAUUGAUGCAAAGAAUAAUAAUAAUAUUAUUAUAAUAUACCCUGCCAACCAUCUCCCCGAAGGGAAUCGGGGCGGCUUACAAACGGGACCAAGAGACAUACAACAAAAUAUAGCAACUAAAAUACAGCUAAAAACAUAAUAGCAUAUAAACAAUUCAAUUAAAACAAUUAAAAAUACAGCAGGGUAUAAAAACAUCAUUAAAAGUAUAACAAACAAAACUCAACAAUCAGAACCAGGAUUAGGGCAUGAUCAGACUAGAGAGGGAUGGGCAUGGACUUGUGCAAGAGUGGACCAGGGCUAGGUUAAAGUGCUGAGUAUAAAUCCUGUGUUAGAUCCUGUGUGUCAGGUCUGGACUUCCUGUAGGUACUUCCAUAUGCAGGUCUAGAUUAAUUCGACUGGUGGUAUUGCUAAUAUGUGUCCCAGUUGGUCUGUGUAGCUUGGGGUGAGGCAUUUUCCUUUUCAAACCCUGUUCCUGCUCAGUUCAUCGUCCUUCUUUCUUUGCUGCGGUUUCCCGUCAAGUGUCGCCGAUGCCAGAACAAGGCCCCAGAAUGAACGGUUUCUCCUUGGGCGAGCUCUGUUGGCUUUUCUGCUGCCCGCCUUGCCCCAGUCGCAUUGCGGCCAAGCUGGCUUUCUUGCCGCCAGAGCCCACUUACACCGUGAUGCAGCCCGAACAGCAGGAAGGUGGGUCUGCCGUGGGCACACCGACCGGGAGCUGCAGCCUGCACCUGACGGAGCGGGCCGACUGGCAGUAUUCCCAGCGGGAGCUGGACGCAGUGGAAGUCUUCUUUUCGCGCACGGCCCGGGAUAAUCGGCUGGGAUGCAUGUUUGUGCGCUGUGCCCCUUCUAGCCGGUAUACACUACUGUUUUCCCAUGGCAAUGCUGUGGACCUGGGCCAGAUGUGCAGCUUCUAUAUUGGCCUAGGCUCUCGCAUCAACUGCAAUGUCUUCUCCUAUGAUUACUCUGGUUAUGGAGUGAGCACUGGUAAACCAUCUGAGAAAAACCUUUAUGCAGACAUCGAUGCUGCUUGGCAGGCCCUCAGAACAAGGUAUGGUGUCAGUCCUGAGAAUAUAAUUCUGUAUGGACAAAGUAUCGGAACUGUUCCCACUGUGGACUUGGCAUCCCGGUAUGAGUGCGCAGCUGUAAUUCUUCAUUCACCCUUGAUGUCUGGGUUGCGGGUGGCUUUCCCGGACACUAGGAAAACAUAUUGCUUUGAUGCUUUUCCAAGCAUUGACAAGAUUUCUAAAGUCACCUCUCCUGUGUUGGUGAUUCAUGGCACCGAAGAUGAAGUCAUCGAUUUCUCCCAUGGUUUGGCAAUGUACGAGCGAUGUCCCCGAGCGGUAGAGCCCCUCUGGGUGGAAGGGGCUGGCCACAACGACAUAGAGCUUUAUGCACAGUAUCUAGAACGGCUAAAACAGUUCAUAUCUCACGAACUCCCUAACUCCUGAAGAAAACCGACUUGAUCUCUUUUUUUCUUUUCCUUUCUUUUUUUUACCUCAGUUAACUGUGAAUGGAAGAAUUUACCUGUUUUUGCACAUGCAUUAACUGGAUUAGCUGUAAUAGCUUUAUAACUAUGAAGAAAUGCCCUCACAUUUGGGUGGAUCCAAGUGAGUCUUUUUUAUAUCAGGAAACUAUUGUUAACAGUCACUACUGUAAUCCCCAGUGAUUUUUAUAAUCAAAAAAACCUUCAUUAAUGCUAGAAGAGUUGGAGUUGUGGAAGGAAGACUAGCUUUGAAUACGAGGAUAUUACUAGUCCAACAUAAUAAUAUUUCCAACCUUUCCCUAUCCUGCCCAUGACGUUGCUUGUCUCAUUCUUUAAAAUGCUUCCCACAGUCUAGAAUGCCAGCAAGCCUGCACCUCAGCUUCCUAUUUCAUUUAUGGAUUUGUCUAAAAGCAUCACUCUCCAUGUAACAUUUCUAACUGCUAUUAUUGUAACUGGAAUGUUUUUGUGGUGAUUUCGCAUUGUGGUUUGGGGAUAUUUUUUUUUCUCUUUGUGGGCAGCUUUGGCUUCCCCAGUAAAACAAUUAAUAAAUCCUGGGUACACUCAUUACUUACAAUUGAGCCAAUUCUGGAACAAUUUGUCCAUUUUCUGCAUAUUUAGAACAUGUAAUAUUCUUAAAAAGUGUAUAAUGACUGAUGGCUAAUAACCCUUUUCAUUCUUUUUACUUAAAAAUGUGUAAAUUUACUAAGCCUCAUCAUUCAAUCUGAAAGAGAGCUGAUUUUUGAAUUUCCUUGUGUAAAGCAUUCCUGAUAGAAGUUUUUAAAAAUAUUGUACAUAUGCGAAUUUACAUUAUGCAUAAUUCCUGAAUGGUAGUUUUAAAAUUUAAGUCUAGUUAAUAAAUUCUGGUUUGUAUAUUAAUGUUUUGUUAUAAGUUUUUAUCCCUGCAUUAUUUUGCUAAAUACAAAUUUUAUAAGAUUUCCGAGACAACUAAAAAUAAUACAUAUUUACUUUUGAUGAAUUUAUGUACAAAAAAACAAUUUUAAUUAAAACUGAUCUUUUUUUGUUUAGGGAAAUUUUUUCAUUCUGACACUGGAAUCGCACAGAAUAUGCAAGACACUUAAAUCAUUACACUACGGGGCCUGUGGGGUUUUCUCCCCAUAUUGAACGGCCUUAAAUGUACUGUAAGCCUCUGAUUGUUGUAAAAAUGGAUUGGGAUUGAUUAUGGUUUGUGUACUUGUUGCCAGAACGCAACAACAGUGGUUGUAAUGGAAUAAAGGAUGCAUGGAGUAAAGAACAA